GUACUAAACUGCGGUCACGCUGAUCACCAACGACGAAAACGGGUGGAAAAAAUCGCACGCAACGCGAAAUUCCGUAAUAUUAUUUAAUUGACGGGGCAAACGCAAAUUAGUUGAACAUUAAAAUCAACACAAAUGGCUUUUAAUGCAAGCAAGACACCUCUCUUGCGCGCUGUCUCCAAACGGGGAUAUGCCGUCUGCCCACGUCUGGUUGGUGAUACCUCCCCUAUCAGCGUAAAUGUGCUGGACAACAAACUGGUGGUGGCCACAGCUGAAGCCUCAGUUCCCGUUUCGCGUGUCUCCAUCGUGCUGCGCGCUGGCUCCCGCAACGAGGCCUACGACACCCAGGGUGCUUCGCAUCUGCUGCGUCUUGCUGGCAGCCUCAGCACACAACGUUCCAGCGCCUUUGCCAUUGCUCGUCACAUUCAGCAGGUUGGCGGCACCUUGAGCGCUUGGGGAGAUCGCGAAUUCGUUGGCUACACUGUGGAGACAACAUCCGAGAAUAUCGAGACCGGUCUGCGCUAUCUGCAGGAUCUGUUGCUGCCUGCCUUCAAGCCCUGGGAGCUCAAGGAUAACGCCAAGACGCUGAAGAACCAAUUGGAUGCAGUGACCACAGAGCAACGCGCCAUUGAGCUGGUGCACAAGGCUGCCUUCCGUCGCGGUCUGGGCAACUCCAUCUACAUCCCACGCUUCCAGCUGGCCAACAUCUCCAGCGAGAAUCUGUUGCACUACGUGGCCAACAACUAUGCUCCCGGAUCUGCCGCCGUUGUGGGCGUUGGCAUCGAUAACAACACUCUGUCUGGUUUUGCCCAGAACUUGAGUUUCCCAAGUGGCUCCUCGGGCAGCAAGAGCGCCAGCACCAGCUACUAUGGUGGUGAUGCACGCAAGGACACCGCCGGACAUCGUGCUGUGGUCGCUGUGGCCGGCGAAGGUGCCGCUGCCUCCAACGAGAAGGAAGCCUUGGCCUUUGCCAUUCUGAAACAGGCUGUUGCCGGCAAACCCACCAAGCGUGGCAAUCUGUCGGGUCUGUUCGGUGAGGCUGCCAACUGUGCUGGUGAUGCGCCCGUCUCUGUGAAGGGUUUGAAUGCCAGCUACACGGAUGCCGGCCUCUUUGGCUUUGUGGCCUCGGCCGACAGCAAGGACAUUGGCAAGGCUGUUGACUUUUUGGUGCGUGCUCUGAAAUCGGGCUCGAUUUCCGAGAAGGAUGUGCAGCGCGGCAAGGCGGCGCUCAAGGCCAGCGUCGUGACCAAGUACUCCUCGGACAGUGGCCUGAUCAAGGAGAUCGGUCGCCAGGCUGCCCUCAAUCGCACUGUCCUGGAAGCCGACGCUUUGGUCGCUGCCAUCGAUGGCAUUUCGGUGCAACAGGUGCAGGCUGCUGCCAAGAAGGUGGCCGGCUCCAAGCUGUCCGUGGGCGCCAUUGGCAACCUGGCCAAUGUGCCCUACGCAUCUGAACUUAAGUAGAUAAUGUUGUAAUACGCUGUAAAUGUAAUUUAAUAUCCAUGCUGUGGAUGGAGGCCGAAAUAAACCUGUUGGAAUUAACGAAACCGA